CGUGCGUGCGUGCGUGCGUGCGUGCUUGCUCACUCACCAGGUUACACACAGCGCGCUGCCAGCUACCAUCGCAUACGAAGGUGGUCUAGUCGCCUUGGUGGUUGGCGUUAUGCUUGGCUCGUUAUGCCCCCUUUUGGCGUCGCGUCUUCACACGUCAUGUGACCGACCGCACAGAGGCGUUGACACACGCAAGGGGAGGGGAGGCCUGAGAAAAGUCUCCGAGUUGGUCCUUUGCGGCGCAACCAUGGGUGCGAGGAGCGACUUUGUUCGGACCAGGACCCGCCCCGCCGCCGCGACGGAUGCGCCAGCGGAUUCCUCGAGACCGGCUUUCGCUCAUCUUCGGACACCCAGGGCUCCACGUGUUGCGGAGCUUGUUUCUUAGCUGCGGCACCUUGUCAGAGCCGCCUGCUUACUGGGGACACUUGCGGCGCUCGACGCCGUCAGCCCUGCGGACUUGCCAUGUCUCCAGCCUUGUCGCCGGCAGGCUUGCAUGCGACCCCCGUUCCAUUCGUGAUGGCUCAGACUGAUGUGCGCCGCCGCACCGACUCAUCGUCGGACCCGCAAGGGAUGGCAACUCGCGGUGCACCCUUGUAGUAGUAGUGGGAGCUGCCUUACACUGAGGCCCCGGGGAAGGAGGCUAGCAAAGUCCGCGCGGCGUGCCCUGGGUUCUGGCUCUGGCUCUGUCUCUGGUCCGUCUGCUUGCGAUCUGCCCUGAUUUGCGGCCCUGAUAGAUGCACGAGGCAUCAACCCAGCAGCCAACAUCAACAACGCCAACAUUGCCGCCAUAGAGUACCCACACAAAAUAACAGCCAUGGCCGCAACAACAACAUCGGGCCUCGGCGUCCCCAGAGAUACGGAUCGGCCCGUGUCCUCGGCCGCCUCCACCUUGGCCGGCGAGCGCACGUCCGUCGACGAGAAGCCAGCGGACGGUAACAAUGUCACCGCCGGAGCGAACAGCGAGAAGCUCGACAGCGAGAGCCUCAAGAAGGGAGAGCAGGAUCAGGGCGUCUCUGAUGAGCUCUCCGAAGACGAGUACCCCAAGGGUGUCAAGCUGGCGUUCAUCGUCGUCGCCCUCGUCCUGAGCAUUUUCCUUCUUUCCCUGGACAUGACCAUCGUUGCCACGGCUAUUCCCAAAAUCACCGACGAGUUCAAGGGUCUUGACAAGGUCGGCUGGUACGGCGCCGCCUUCUUCAUGACGGUCGGCGCUUUUCAGUCCACAUGGGGCAAGGUGUACAAAUACUUCCCUCUGAAGACGUCCUUUCUCAUCGCCAUCUUCAUCUUCGAGCUCGGCUCCGUCAUCUGCGGUGCCGCCCCCAACGCCGAAGCCCUCAUCACGGGCCGAGCCAUCGCCGGCGUCGGCGCUGCGGGCCUCGGAGCCGGCGCCUAUACCAUCAUCGCCUUCUCCGCUCCGCCCAAGAAACGCCCCGCCUUUACCGGCAUUCUCGGCGCCUCGUACGGCAUCGCCAGUGUCAUAGGGCCGCUCCUCGGCGGCGCCUUCACCGACAACGUCUCGUGGCGGUGGUGCUUCUACAUCAACCUGCCCAUCGGAGCCGUCUCGGCCGUCGUCAUCUUCUUCUUCUUCCAGACGCCCCGCAACGCCGUCCCUGAGGAGGCUCCUCUUCUUGAGAAGUUCCUCCAGAUGGACCCCCUCGGCGUCGUUCUCGUCAUGGGCGCCACCGUCUCCUACAUCCUGGCCGUCCAGUACGGCGGCAUCGCGUACGCCUGGAACUCUUCCGUCGUCGUCGGUCUCCUCGUCGGCUUCGUCGCCAUCAUCGCCGCCUGGGUCGGCCUCCAAUGGUACCAGGGCGAGCGCUCGAUGGUGCCCCCGCGCCUGGCCAAGGACCGCACCAACAUGGUCAUGAAUGCCUUUUCCUUCCUCCUCGCCGGUGGCUUCUUUGCCGCCAUCUACUACAUCCCCAUCUAUUUCCAGUCUGUCCACGGUACCAGCCCAAUAGCUAGCGGUGUCCGCAACCUGCCUUUCAUCAUCGCCGUUACAUUCGGCACCGUCGGCAGCGGCGCCUUCGUUACCUCCACUGGCCUCUACCAGCCCAUGCUCCUCGGCGGCGGCGUCCUGGCCACCAUUGGAGCCGGGCUCCUGUACCUCCUGAACGUCGACACUUCUACGGGCAAGUGGAUCGGCUACCAGAUCGUCGCGGGCGCUGGCUGGGGCAUGGCGUUCCAGAUUCCCAUGAUCGCCGUGCAGGGCUCGACGACGCCCAAGGACCUUGCCUCGAGCACGGGCAUGCUUUUGUUCUUCCAGUGCAUUGGCGGGGCUUUCUUCGUGUCCGGCGCGCAGUCUGCUUUCAUCAACCAAAUGGUUCCAGCUGUGCUUCGCAAUGCCCCCACAGUCGACAUGGGCAAGCUCGUCCUCACGGGUGCCACCGAGAUCCGAAAGGCGUUCCCCGUCGAGCAGCAGCCCAUCAUCAUCGACGGCUACAUGACGGGCCUCAAGGUCGUCUUUGCCAUUUGCAUUGCCUGCACUGGCAUCGCGACCAUGGUCGGCCUGGGUACCAGGUGGAAGAAGCUCAAGCAGGAUUCCGGCGCCGCCGUCGGCAUGGCUUGAGGGAAGUCUUCCCUGGAUGAUUCACGACGCGACACAGUAAUAAUAUCGACCAGCGGUGCUUGUCGGCGAAUGGGUGUUUGCACAUAAUAGACCAGUUACAUUAAGGAGCGGGUUUAGAAUGAUUUCGGAGCGUGUUUAGAUUGGACAACCGAUUAUUGGGGUUGCAUGAAGUUGGUGGUGAUACUCAGCCACUUAGUUAUAUGUGGCCUACCUAGAGAACAUUGAGCUAUCUUCUCUCCAUGACGUUUACAUCGUCUCCAAUUUGUGACUCUAUGGCUUUUGUUUUUA